CUCUUUAAAAUCCUGACCUUUCAUCUCCAGCACCAGACUCACAACCAAACCAUGCUCCAAAAGAGGCCAGAGUUCUUCAUCAACGACCAUACCGACAUUCUCAUUGAGAUCCUCAAAAGACUUGACGGUCGCUCCCUUUGCGUCGCUGCAUGUGUUUGUCAACUCUGGUGCAACAUAGCUCGAAAUGACUCACUUUGGGAGGAAAUCUGCUUCCGCAACGUGUCCUCUCCUCCUCCUUCGAGAAUGCGCCCCGUUGUUGUGGCUCUUGGUGGUUAUAAAAGGCUGUACAUGGUUUGUCUAAGGUCCGUGCUCAGUCGGCUGGCGGAGCAGAGGCGUCAGCGGCGAGCAAAGAGAGUCGUGUGGAGUGGUGACGAGGUGCAACUCUCGCUUUCUUUGUUUUGUGUUGAUUAUUACGAGAGACUGGGUGUUGAUGACAGACUCCGCGACUGUAAUGUCUCCACGUCCUCACUGAUGUUCUUGUGCAACUCCGCAAACUUCUGAUUUUUCUUUUUUUUUUUCAGUUUGUGUUGUUGAAAUACAAGCCAUUACCAAACCAAUAAGAAGUGGAACACAUUAAAUUCCCUUUUAAAAUUUAUAUAAAUAUAAAGUCUUUCUGUUGUUAUUUUCAUGUUUAAUGGGGAAUGACCAUUUCUCACCUAUUUUUUUACUCAUUGGUAUUUUCCU